ACAUUUGCACUAGCAGUUUUGACCCCUCUGUCUCUUCAAAAGCCUCCUUCCUCUCUCUCUCUCUCUCUCUCUCUCUCUAAAUUCAUCAAAAUCUUCUUUCAUCAGAAAAAGAGAUUUUAUAUUCUGAUUAUAAGAUUGCUAGUUGAUUCUUCAGAAAACAAAAGAUUCAGCAGCUGUGUUUGUGUGGGAUUAAACGACAGAAAAGUUUGUUGAUUGUCUUAUAGCUUGGGGGAUAAGGUGUUUUGUGGAGUUAAUUCGCUCAAUUUGAUGCUAGAUUGAAGAUUUCUCUUGUUCUGGUUGUGAUUUGAGUUGAUUUAUAGCUUGUGAAGGUGGAGAUUCAAGGUUUUGUGUAGUAAAGGAAAUUUAGAUGUGUUGAAGACGCUCUUUCAUCGAGUAAAAUGACAUCUUCUGAGGUUUCAAGCAAAGGCAACAGAGACACGCUUUCUUCAUCUUGUUUUAGUGACAGAAAUGACGGAGUUACUGAUACGAGAAAUGGUAUGGCUGCCUCCGGUCCCGGUAAAGCUGAUGCGGACAUAGCUCUUUAUAAGGAUCUAUGGCGAGCAUGUGCGGGUCCGCUUGUUACCGUGCCUCGCGAGAACGAACUAGUGUUCUAUUUCCCUCAAGGACACAUCGAACAGGUUGAGGCGUCGACAAAUCAGGUGGCGGACCAACAGAUGCCGGUGUAUAACCUUCCGGCCAAGAUACUUUGCCGUGUUGUUAACGUCCAGUUGAAGGCAGAGCCAGACACGGAUGAGGUGUUCGCGCAAAUUACUCUGAUGCCUGAACCUAUUCAAGACGAAAAUGUGGUCAAGAAGGAACCACCACCAUCACCAGAAUCACAGUUUCGUGUGCAUUCUUUUUGCAAGACGCUGACUGCUUCAGAUACUAGCACUCAUGGUGGAUUUUCAGUUCUGAGACGUCAUGCUGAUGAAUGCCUUCCUCCAUUGGACAUGUCAAGGCAACCCCCAACACAGGAAUUGGUGGCUAAGGAUUUACAUGGAAGUGAAUGGCGUUUCAGGCACAUAUUCCGAGGUCAACCCCGAAGGCAUCUGCUUCAAAGUGGUUGGAGUGUAUUUGUUAGUUCAAAAAGGCUUGUAGCUGGUGAUGCUUUUAUAUUUCUAAGAGGCGAGAAUGGUGAACUUCGUGUAGGAGUAAGACGUGCAAUGAGACAACAACCAAACAUACCCUCAUCCGUCAUAUCCAGCCACAGCAUGCAUCUUGGAGUCCUUGCAACAGCCUGGCAUGCCAUUCAAACUGGAACAAUGUUCACAGUUUAUUACAAACCUAGGACUAGUCCUUCAGAGUUCAUUGUUCCCUUCGAUCAAUACAUGGAAUCUGUCAAGAACAAUUACUCUAUAGGAAUGAGAUUUAACAUGAGGUUCGAAGGUGAAGAGGCUCCAGAGCAAAGAUUUACGGGAACUAUUGUUGGGAUUGAAGAACGUGAGCAACAAAGAUGGCCAGAUUCAAAAUGGAGAUACUUGAAGGUAAGAUGGGAUGAAAGCUCUACAAUCCCACGUCCAGAAAGAGUUUCACCAUGGAAAAUAGACCUGCUCUUGUUCCUCCUGCAAUCAAUCCACUUCCAGUACACAGACAAAAGAGACCUCGGUCAACCAUGUUGCCUUCGUCCCCUGAUUCCUCUGUUCUCACCCGAGAAGGCCCAUCAAAAAUGGGGACAGCAGACCCUUCACCUGCAUUCUCAAGGGUCUUGCAAGGUCAAGAAUUAUCGACCUUGA